AUGCUCUCUAAAAGCAGGCCUCUAUGAGUGUUUAUUCUAAUACUUGUUCAUUGCAUCUGGUUUAUAAAGUUUGUUGACAAAAAAAACACAAAUUCUCUUGCUGCCAUACAGCGUCUCCUGCAGAAGCCAUUUUAUCGGAGACCAAAAACGGCUUCCUAACGAUCUUCGACAACAUGGCCGCCAACUGUGCGCAUUCAGGCUGGAGACACGUUUCUUUCACUUUCGUUUCAGCAUAGCUGCCCCCGUGUCCUGUCCUGUGAGUGGGCGGACCACCCGGUGCUCAGUGUUAUGUACGCUCAGCCGGUGCGGACGUGCCUGCUCAUGGACAGUGUGCGGUGGGCCUUCCCCUGUGCCCGCUGGAGUCCCGGCCGGGAUGACUGGUUACGAUGUGCCCGCUGUGUGCAGCCCGAGGAGAAGCAGCGCAUAGGACAGUUCAUGUUCACCCGCGAUGCCAAGGCUGCCAUGGCCGGUCGCCUCCUGAUUAGAAAGUUGAUAGCAGAGAAGCUUCAGAUACCCUGGGAUAAGAUACAGCUGGACAGGACAGCCAAGGGGAAGCCAUUCUUGGUCAGCGGAGCUCCUCCUCAGUUCCCAAACUUCAACUUCAAUGUCUCCCAUCAGGGGGAUUUUGCCGUCCUGGCUGCGGAGCCUGAGCUCCAGGUCGGAGUUGACAUAAUGAAAACUGACCGGCCCGGCAGCGGCUCCACAGAAGAGUUCUUUCGCAUCAUGCACCGCCAGUUCACGGAAAGAGAGUGGUACUCUAUCAAGAGUAUGGGAAGUGACGGGGCACAGCUCGACAUGUUCUACAGGCACUGGGCAUUAAAGGAAAGCUUUAUAAAAGCCAUCGGGAUCGGCCUCGGCUUUAACCUGCAAAGAAUCGAGUUUGAGGUGUCGCCCUUACACAUGGAAAGGGGAAAGGUUUACACACAGACCAAAAUGUGGCUCGACGAUGAAGAGGAAAACUGGUCCUUUGAGGAAAUGCUCCUGGAUGAAAAGCAUCAUGUGGCUGUUGCUUUGGGAAGCACGGACGCCAAUAAACCUCCCAAAUCACAGAAUGGAACUUUAUUCACAAUUCUGACCUAUGAAGACCUCAUGGCGUCUGCCGUUCCGAUCACACCCGAGGAUCCGGAUUACUGGGAAAGUUUUCAUUCCAAACAGGAAUGUCCGCAACGUCAGAGUUCUAAAGUGGAGGCUAAAAUUGUAACCUGAGCCUUCGACCGACCCAAGAUGGUGGAAUCUCAGAUUUGAGAUUAUUUAAACUUUCCGAGAAGAGCCCAGGGACUUGUAUAUCAACAACCAUCAGACCUGCUGAAGUCUAUCCAAAUCCUGGUAUUCCUUCCUAGAAUCACAGAGCAAUGGAUGGCGUGACCUUGCACCAUAGGCUGAGCCAAGUAAUUCGGCACAACCAAGACAAUAACUGUGCCUGAUAGCUGCAACAUAGUGUGAUAUUUGACCAUAUAGAAAAUGCUUCAAUAUGGUAGUUAUAAUUUUUUUUUUUUUACUUGAAAAAUGAAGAUAAUGUAUGGUGCUAGUCCAUCAUUUUAUUCCUAUUCCUCCUUUUACGAUUUCUUUAAAUUUCCAACUGAUAGGGAAAUUCAAUGAUUUCCUUUUAGGCCCCUUUGACACUAUAAAUUAAUCCGUAUUGUGGGACAAUAAAGUAAAAAAUAAAAAAAAAACACAAUAAAUAAUAUUAAUUAAAUGCAUUUCCCCUUCAACCAUGAUAAAUAUUUUUUUUCAGGAUAAAUAAAUUAGAAUAUAAAUUAUGUUUACAAAGUUAAAAAGAAUAAACAUAUGUAUGUAACAACAAGUGCAGAAUAUAGAAUAGUUACCAUUUAUACUCGAGUAUAAGCCGAUCUGAAGAUAAGCCAUCGGCUGUCCGGGCAUGCUGGGUGUUGUAUUUUUGAAACCUCUGGAGGUCCGCUGGUUGAAGACCACUGCGGCCUUAGUCUUCAUCCACCCCCCCCCCCCCUUUUGUUUUGUACUCACCACCCCUCGGCAGGAAGUUAGGGUGAGCUGGUCCGGGCCAUCUAUGCUGCAGGGACCGUCCGCUGGGGAUGAUUAGUCGUUGCGGGCUGUCCAUUUUCACCGGGGGGGGGGGAGGGGGCGAUGGCUGUCCAGGCUUGCUGGGAGUUGUAAUUUUGCAACAUCUGGAGGUCCGCAGAUUGAAGACCACUGAUGAAGGGAUUGACAGACGGAGAGUUCACUCGAGUAUAAGCCGAGGGAGGCGUUUUCAGCACGAAAAAUCGUGCUGAAAAACUCGGCUUAUACUCAAUUAUAUACGGUAACCUUAGCGAUCACACAAGUAUCACCUAUCCUGUGGAUAGACAACAAAUUAUUUUAGUAGGAAAACUCGUUGAACUACUAUGGAAAGAAUUGUGCUGGACUAGAUAAACUGUUUUCUUCCAAAACCAGCGCCGUGAGUCUGAUCCCUGCUGAUCUAAUAUUGAUGGUCUUUCCAUCUCGCUGUUUUCUAUUCCCCUGAUUUACACACAAAAAAAAACAUUUAAAGAAGCACUUUUUUUUAAAGUUUUUUUUGCCCAUAUCAUGCACAUUCACUAGUCUUACAGCUGCAUCCAUACGUUUCAUUAGUGUAACUUGGUCAUGUGAUCACCAUAGAAAAUUACAGUGCUUAAAGGGGUUUCCAUAAUUAGAAAAACACUGCUUCUUUUUUUACAAAAACAGCACCAUUCCUGUCCACAGGUCGGGUGUAGUACUGUGGCAAUAUUUCUCUAAAAAACAUACUUUGAGGGCAUGUUUCAAUAGGUAGAAAGAUCUGCAGCAAAAUACGCACAUAUAAAUGUAUCCUAAAUAAGAAAAUGUGAGGUGACCUCAACCCACUUAUGAGUCUACCUGGGUAAACUUCAGCACCAGGAGCCUAAUUGGAUAACCAGGUGCAGUGAUACAACACCACAUCCUCAGCCAGAGGAGUCAUUGGAAAUCUAGGCAGCAUUAGGAAUCCAUAUCAGUGAUUGUGAUAGAUAUUUAUAUGUGUGUAUACAUAAGUUUUAUAUACUGUAUAUGUAAAAUGCCCAUUUAGGAUGAAGACUCCACAUUUGUUACUUGUCCACUCCUCCCCUAUUUGCUCUCCCCCAUCUGCACUCUCUCAUAUCACCCCUCCCAUCGUGUGAUGACUUUGAACAAAGAAAGCCCGGGAAAGUUACAGGAAGUGGUGUGCCAUGAGGACAAGGCACAUUCCUCAUGAUAUUUGCACACUCCCUAAAUGCUAGAACAUCCCCUAGCAGGGGGUGGGAACUUAUGUUAAUGACAAAGGUGAUAUAAGCUUGAAUGAUUUGAAAUAAAGCCAGUGAAGGCCAAGAACGAUUAAUUAACCCAGAACAGAUGGCGCCCAAUUUAGUGGGGCUUGGACUAUAGUCCUCAUGUGCAGGUCGCAAUACCCAGACCAGACGAUUGAACAAAGGCGGACGCAGAUGGGAUUCAACUCCAGGCGUACGGUAGGACAUACUUGUACCUAGCCAAAAACACCCAUGUCUCCCCUUUGUUUUGUCAUGCUGAUCUAGCUGACUCACAUGUGACCUAACAGAGAAAGACAGAUAAAUUCUCGUCCAGCCAAUUACCCGUGUAUAAUGUAUCUAUCUUACUACCCGAGUGUGUAUGAAGUGUGUGUGAGUGAAUAAGUGGAAUUGGGACUGUUCAUUGGGGAGUUGAGUUGCGGAGUACAUUGUCAUAAAUAAGCAUUAGGAUGUUAAGGCAUCAUCAGAAUGUUUAGGACAGAGUCAUAAAUAGAUAAGUGAUCUAGGACGGAUAGGUGCUGGUUGCCUGGUAUAACGCUAAAGCACAAUGGCUCUGUCUGAUUUAUUUCUCUAUGCUUCGGUUUAUACAUUCUGUAUACGGAUUUGGCCGGGAGUGAGAUAGUUACAAGAACGAUGAAUUAAUCCAGAACAUGAUAAAUUGCAUUAAGAAUGGCUGCAAAACCCAUUCCUUCUAAUUCACCUAAAACAGGUAAGCACAAGGCAUACACAAGAACCCUUACAUUGUUCUCUUAUAAUAGCCUGUACUUUUAAAGGGGUUCUCCGGUGGAAAACUUAUAUAUAUUUUUUUUAAAUCAACUGGUGCCAGAAAGUUAAACAGAUUUGUAAAUGACUUAUAUUUAUAAAUCUUAAUCCUUCCAGUACUUAUCAGCUUCUGUAUAAUACAGAGAAAGUGCUUUUCUUUUUGAAUUCCCUUUUUGUCUGACCACAGUGCUCUCUGCUGACACCUCUGUCAGGAACUGUCCAGAGCAGGAGAGGUUUGCUAUGGGGAAUUGUUCCUGCUCUGGACAGUUCCUGACAUGGACAGAGGUGUCAGGAGAGGACAGACAGAAAAUAAAUAAAAAUAAAUAAAAGAACUUGCUCUGUAUUAUACCGCAGCUGAUAAGUACUGGAAGGAUAAAAAAUAGAUAAUGUUUAAAUAGAAGUAAUUUACAAAUCUGUUUGACUUUCUGGCACCGGAGUACCCCUUUAAGCAAAGAGAUUCAUUUACUUUACUUUUAGGUAAACCUUUAGUUUAACUUUCCUGUGGAGUUGCUAAGAUGCCCUAAUGUCACUUUAAUGAGACAUUGAAGGCCGUCUGCUACCAUUUGGCUAUUGGUUGUUAUGUGAAAUAGUCGCCUUUAUUGUGUUCUGUAUCUUAGAAACUUUACAUUUUCUGUAUAUGUAUGGACUGUAUAAUGUAUUUAUCAAACAGACAACAAUAGAAUAAUUAGAAGAGCAUUAGCAGCCAUGGAAACCUGGAAUCUGACAGACUAUAGAAACGUUAUAAAUAAUCUCGGGAAGGCCGGUGCCCAGGGUUUGCCAUGAAGGAGCCUAUUUACUGAAACCUUUCAUGGGUAAGAAAUCCAUAAAUAUAUAAUCACUGCAUUCUGUUCCGCUGAAUUCACCUGUUAUUUCCCCUCUAAUGACGGCGCUGCUAUUAAUUUACAUUGGCAUUGUGAGUGCGGGGAAAUGUUUCUACAUACAGAAACGCUGUGCAUUCAGCUCUGGAGUCCCAAUUGAAGCCCAGCAAAUAAAGACAAUAUUCAAAGGCAAAUCAAUGUUUAAUUCCGGAUAUUUUCUGCUUUGUUAAAACUUAAUGAAUAAAAUCCAGAUUUUUCUCGA